GCGGGGAGCCGACCCUGGGUCGCCGCGCCGUGACCCGGCUGUCGUCUCGCCUGCGUGUGAGCCUCAGCGCUUAGGACGGCGCUCGACACGCCACCUGCAAAUCUACAGAGACCGAAGGGACAACCGGGCCUUGAUCCCUCCCAUCCUGGCAGCAGAGGGAGUGGGACUAGUUCUAUGGCCGAAGACCUGAAUACCAUGUUCAGAGUUCAGGACCGGACGGAAAUGCAGAGGGUGAAGGAGGAAGAUGACUCCCUCUGGGGAGGAGAAUCCCAGCUGCCGUGGAAGGACCCCAGAGAAGAGGACGCCCGUCACCGGCCCUUCGAAAAUUUUGCCGACCAGGAGGCCUCUGAACCCCGUGAGAUUGUAGAGCGCCGGCUGCGACUCUGUCAUGGGUGGUCGCGGGCUGACCGGCUCACGGAGGAGCAGAUCCUGGAGCGAUUGGUGAUGGACCGGUUCCUGGCCCUCCUGCCCUGGGAGACCCAGGCCCGCGUCCGCCAGACACGGCUGGGCAGCGUUGAGGAAGCUGUGACCCUCUUGGAAGAUUUACGACCAGAGCCCAGGAGACGGAGGAAAUGGCCGACCUCCCCGGCCUCCACCAUGUGCCCGGUGCUGCUGGAGAAUUACUUGGCCGCCAUGGUCCUGAGCGCGGCCGGGGACGCCCUGGGCUUCAACAACGGGCGCUGGGAGUUCCUGCGGGACGGGGAGGUCAUCCACCGGGAGCUGGCCCAGCUCGGCGGCCUGGACGCCAUCGACGUGGACGGGUGGAAGGUCAGCGACGACACCGUCAUGCACCUGGCCACGGCCGAGGCCCUCGUAGCCGCGGGGAGGGACCCCAACGUCACCCGGACCUUCUCUCUGCUGGCCAAGAACUACAAGGAGUGCAUGAGUGACAUGGACGACCGGGCCCCAGGGGAUGAACAGACAGCCCAGGACUGCCCCGACUUCCAGAACGCCAGCCUCCUCCGCGGCAUCCACCUCAACGUCCAGUUCCUGCUGUUCACCCCGGCCCGGCCCAGCUGCGGGCAGCCCAUCAGGCCUGACCGGAGCUUCGAGGACUCCGACUUCAAUGCCUCCUCGGACACCAAGAUCGUCAUCCACGGCUUCAGAGUGCUGGGAAACAAGCCCUCCUGGAUCGACCAGUUCAUCAGAACGGUGCUGCGGGCCCGGCCCGCCAACGUCGUGGCGGUAGACUGGGUCUUCGGGUCGACGGCCGCUUAUUUCUCCGCCGUGGGCAACGUCAUGAAACUGAGCCUAGAAAUCUCCAGGCUCAUCAACAAAAUGCUGGAGCUCGGCGCCUCCCCGGCAUCGAUACACAUCAUCGGGGUCAGCCUGGGAGCCCACGUCGCCGGGAUGGUGGGACACUUCCACAGAGGACAGCUGGGCAGGAUCACAGGGCUGGACCCCGCGGGACCCGAGUUCACCAGAGCCAGCCUGGAGGAGCGCCUGGACCCCGGAGACGCCCGCUUCGUGGACGCCAUCCACACCGACGCCGACUAUCUGGGCAUCCGGAUUCCCGUGGGCCACGUGGACUACUUCGUCAACGGCGGCCAGGACCAGCCCGGCUGCGGAUUCUCCCUCACCGCAGGCUACGGGUACAUGAUCUGCGACCACAUGAGAGCGGUGUACCUCUACCUCAGUGCCCUGGAAGCCCCCUGCUCCUUGACGGCCUUCCCGUGUACCAGCUAUGAGGAUUUCCUGGCCGGACAGUGCCCGGACUGCUCUGACCCCUUCCCGCUGACCUGCCCCAAGAUCGGGAUGGAAGACCAGGGGGGCAUCAAAAUGGAGAAACUGCCCAAGGAAGUGAAGGUCUACCUGGGCACCUCAGCUGGGACGCCCUACUGUGUGUUUCACAGCCUGGUGGAGUUUCAGGUGCCACACGGGGGGAAGCGAGACGCCACCAUUGAGGUCACCUUCUUCAGCAUCAAUGCCACCUCCUCUGGCAAGGUCACCAUACCCCGAGACCGGAUGUGGGGCCGAGGGGUCAUCAUGCACCCUGCCCCGCUCUGCCAGGUCACCCGAGUGAAGAUCCGCCUUCACUCCUUCCGGCGGACCUGGAGGAUGAACGAGGCCACUGUGGUCGUCGAGUUCUGCACCGCCCCCAUGCCCGUCAACAGCGAGAAGCGGUUCUGCCUGGCCCAGCCGGUGACCCUGAAGGCCGGCACCUCCCUCUUCCGUCAACUGGACGUGGCCUGCGAGUAGGGCGGGGGUCCGACGGCUCCGGGGGGUGGGGGGGCCGGAUGGACACCGGCCCGGCCGGUCCCCUCCCCGCCCGCCCCGCAGAGGCUGUCCGGCGUCUGAGGUUCUCCUCGCUGUCUUCCGCCCUGGUGGAGGCCGUCGGGCCCCGGGGCUUUCUGGCCAUCGUGUUAAUCCAUUCGAUCAAUAAUGACGACGAUGACAGUAAUAA